UCGCGUCCUUGGAAACGCGGGAUCCUGGCAACUCAAAGCAAACACAUACAGCGGCACCACUGACACACCGACCCCCUGACAGUCCGGACUUCAUUUCAUCUUUUUAAAAUGACCUCCCAGAGUUUAGUCCACGGAGCCAGUUUUCGUGAUGGAUCUGACGCCCAACCGGAGCUCAUAACUCAUCAGACGCAAGAGAGUAAAAUCAUGGAGAAAUUUUACCCGUCCGCCGGCUUGGCUGCUUCGGGGUACCGGUGCACCAUGUACUCCCCGGAGGAGUGGACCGAGAGCAACGACGCGCUGCUUCUCCAGGCGGCAAAUGAUCGCGACGAGGCGCAAAAGGUGCGGCAUGAGUCCAAAGCCGCGCAGAUGGAGACCGAGUCCGUCACGCUGCGCCGCCAGGCGGACGGGACGCGGCACCUCGGCCGCAGGCUGCAGGACAUCCACUUCUGGAAGUCGGAGCUGCAGCAGCACAUUGAUCAAACGGCAGCCGCCACCGGCUCACUGGUGGCCCUGAAGCGACGACUAGAGAAGGCGCUGGAUGCCAGCGAAACGCCCUUCAGGAUCGCUGCUGAUAACCUGUCUUGGCGUGAGCGCCGACUUGGUCCCGACAUGGUGAAGGACAACGUGGAUGAGGAGCUGCUGAAGGAGGUAGAACUUAUCAGGAACGUGCAGUCUCUUCUGAGGAGAACACUGACUCAAACCGUCGACCAGAUACGGGCCAACCGAGAGGCCAAGAAGAGCCUGGAACUCGACUGGUCAGACAAGUGCCAGGCGUACAGCAUGGACGAGCAGUGCGGCCGAUACAGCAACGGCAGCACAGACACUCAGCAGCACCGCAGCUCCGCUAAGCUCCAGCAGCAUGUGUCAGACCGUGUGACCUGGGCCAGGUUCACGCAGGACAACCUGGCCCAGGUGCAGCGGGAGCUGCAGGCCUCGGCGGAGCUGCAGCUGCUGUCCGAGCGCGUGCUGCAGGAGACAGCCGAGGACCUGCAGGCCCAGUGUGCCGCUGUGGAUGCCGCCUUUGCUCACCGCUGCCAGGAAGUGUCCGAAGCCAAAGUGGCAAUGGAGCUGCACCUGACCCAGAUCCUGGAGCAGAUCGGGGCCCAGGAGCGAAACAUUGCCAUGCUACAGCAGGCCCUGCGAGAUAAAGAGGCACCCCAGCGAGUCGCCCAGACCCGGCUGCACCAGCGGGCCCAGAGGCCCAACGUGGAGUUGUGCCAAGAUGAAUCCCAGCUCAGUCUGGUCGCCGAAGCGGGUGAGAUUGAGUUGACUGUGGAGACACUGCAGCGGCAGCUGGCCGAGUCACAGCGGUCACUGCGCCACCUGGAAGACACACGCGUGGCACUGGAGAAGGCGAGUGCCACCAAGGCUCACAGCCUGCUGGUGGACCGGGAGAUGUGCGUGAGCCACCGGAGCCGCUACCCCCCCGCCAGCACACUGGCCGGCUACUGAUCCCCGCCACAGGCUCACUCUCUCCCUGUAGCACUCCUGGUAACACUCUCCCAGUCGCUCUCCCUCAUUCUCUGGCCACUCCCCCAUGAACAGCUCUGUCCGCAUUUGAAUCUCUCUCAGUGAUUCCCUUUGUUCCGUUGCUGCAGAAUUUCCAUGUUUUCCAGUCAAGCCCUCCGGCUCUUUUUUUGUUCUUAUUUGGUCGUUUGCUAGUUAUAGUCAGUCUGAAUUCAAAAGUGAAAGACCAUUCUGGCAGUAAAAGGUACAGUGCACUGUAGGAGUGACAGGACGGCUGAGGGAACCUACCGCAUGUGUCCAACACUGUCGAUUUAACCCUUUAAACGGCAUGGUCUGACACAUCGGGUCUCACAAGUAGGAUUUGUCGUGUAAUCGCUUGCUUGACUUUGCAUCUUUUACAAAGAAAGGAGGUUGACUUAGGUAAUGAGAACUCUGCUCUGUGUGUGUUUGAUGCUUUAUGUGUCAUUAAACAGAGAUCACUGCUCUGUACCAGACUUAAAAAGAGCAUUAUGUGAAAUAAGAUAUGUGAAAAAAACAUCCCAAUGUAUGUGUUCUCAUGCCUGCACAAUGGCAAAUAAAGCCUUGUUUCAGAA